AUGGCUACCCUGCUGGCCCUCCUCACCCUGGCCGUCCUACUGGUCAUCCCUUUCUACAUCAUCUACAAGCCCCCGGCAUCUCUCAUCGACUAUUUUGCGCGACGAUGGCCCGACGUGCUUUGGCAAGUCUCGACGGACAAGAAAAUCAUCGGCCUGACGAUUGAUGAUGCGCCGUCCCAGCACACCUCCGAGAUCCUGAGAAUACUCAACGAGAACGACGCCCGUGCAACAUUCUUCCUCAUUGGAUCGCAGAUGAAUGGUCGCGAAGAAGACCUAGAUGAUAUCAUCAAGUCCGGAAGCGAACUCGGGAACCACGCCAUGCAUGACGAAGCUUCGCGAUCCCUACCCGACGGACAGCUGGAGUCGGAAAUAUUCGAGGUCAACAGGAAGAUCAAGGUCGCAUACGAAUACCAGAACAAACCGAUGGUGGCCAACUACUUCCGACCGGGCUCGGGCUUCUUCAACGACAAGAUGCGGCGACUGGUCGACAAGAUGGGUUACAGGAUGGUUCUGGGCAGCGUAUACCCACACGACGCCCAGAUCAGUUCUUGGCGGAUGAACGCCAACCACAUCUUGAGCAUGGCCCGCCCGGGUGCGAUCAUAAUCUGCCACGACAGGAGGAGCUGGACCAUUCCCAUGCUGCGGAGGGUCCUUCCGGAGCUCAAACGACGUGGUUACAGCAUCAUGAGCCUGACGGAGCUGCUCAAGGAAGUCGACACAGGCAAAUGA